ACACUCCCUCCCUCCCUAUCCCACUCAUUAGUGUGCUACAUUUCGCUGACGAUCUCCGGGCAAACAAGCGGCGCAGGACUAGUUUCGCUCAUCAGAAGAGAUUUCUAUAUCAUUCCGGGACAUUUUUUCGUCUCCUUGUUAAUCGUGGAAUUGAUCCUGUCGACUUUAAGAGGACAAUUUGACUGAUCUCGGCGCAGAUCAGUUAAGAAGAUGGUUCGAGUCUCCGCAAUAUCGGUCCUUAUUUUGGGCAUCGUAGUUCCAGGGUUGGCCGGCUAUAUUGAGGCGCUUGCAGCCAAUGCGGGCACAGGUUUUGCAGUAGCGGAGCCUCAGGUGGCCAUGUUCUGUGGGAAGCUCAACAUGCACGUCAACAUCCAGACAGGACGCUGGGAACCGGACCCUUCCGGGCUGAAGAGCUGUGUAGGAACCAAAGAGGGCGUGCUGCGCUACUGUCAGGAGAUGUACCCUGAGCUCCAGAUCACUAACGUGGUGGAGGCCAACCAGCCAAUCAGGAUUGAGAACUGGUGUAAGAAGGAGAAGAAGCUGUGUAAAGGCCACGCCCACAUCGUGGUGCCUUACAAAUGUUUAGUGGGGGAGUUUGUGAGUGACGUGCUGCUGGUUCCUGAGAAGUGCAGGUUCUUCCACAAGGAGAGGAUGGACAUGUGUGUCAGCCACCAGCAGUGGCACGGGGUGGCCGAGGAGGCCUGUUCCAAGGGGACCAUGGUCCUUCACAGCUAUGGCAUGUUACUGCCCUGUGGCAUUGAUAAGUUCCAUGGUACAGAGUAUGUAUGCUGCCCCUCCCCUGGGGAACCCUCCCUGCCCGCCAUGCCCUCCCAGGAGGAAGAAGAAGAAGAUGAAGAGGAGGACGAAGAGGUGGAGGAGACAGCACUGGAUCAGGAUGAUCUUGUAGAGAAGGAGAGCGAGGCCCCAGCUGAUGAGCUGCCCACCACUCAGAAAGAGGAGGAGCCAUUGGACGAGGAAGAUGAAGAUGAGGAAGAGUACCACUAUGUGUAUGAAGAUGAGGAGGCCGACAGAGAGGAAGAGGAGGAGGAGGAGAAGAAAGAGAGGGAUAGUGUUCCAGAGAGCCAGGAUGAAGACAAGACCCUGACAGAGGUCAAAGCGGUGUGUACCCUGGAGGCUGAGACCGGCCCCUGCCGUGCCUCCAUGGCCCGCUGGCACUUCGAUAUGACAACCAGGAAGUGCGUCCGCUUCGUGUAUGGGGGCUGCGCUGGAAACCGCAACAACUUUGACUCUGAGGAAUACUGCAUGGCCGUGUGCAAACGCCUUACAGCAGUGCCCCCCACCCCUCAGCCCACUGACGAUGUUGACGUGUACUUCGAGACGCCCGCUGAUGACAAGGAGCAUACACGCUUCCAGAAGGCCAAGGAGCAGCUGGAGAUCAGACAUCGUAACCGAAUGGAGAGGGUGAGAAAGGAGUGGGAGGAGGCAGAGCGUCAGGCCAAGGAGCUUCCUAAGGCUGAGAGACAGACUCUGAUCCAGCACUUCCAGGCCACGGUAGAGUCUCUGGAAGAGGAGGCAGCCAGUGAAAAGCAGCAGCUGGUUGAGACCCACCUGGCUCGGGUAGAGGCCAUGCUCAACGACCGCCGCCGCCUGGCGCUGGAGAACUACCUAGCCGCCCUGCAGGCUGACCCACCGAGGCCCCACCGUAUCCUGCAGGCGCUGAGGCGGUAUGUGCGCGCAGAGAACAAGGACCGUCAGCACACCAUCCGCCACUACCAACACGUACUGGCUGUCGACCCUGAGAAGGCUGCCCAGAUGAAGUCCCAGGUACACACCCUGACCCCUAACCCUGAACAGGUACACACCCUGACCCCUAACCCUGAACAGGUGAUGACCCACCUACGUGUGAUCGAGGAGAGGAUGAACCAGAGUCUGUCUCUGCUCUACAAGGUUCCCUUCGUCGCCGAGGAGAUCCAGGAUGAGAUUGAUGAGUUGCUUCAGGAGCAGAGGGCAGACAUGGACCAGUUCCUGUCGUCUAUCUCAGAGUCUCAGCCGGACGUUACCGUGUCAUCAGAGGAGAGUGUGGAGCUUCCUGUCUCCGAAGGGAAACCCUACCGCCCCUUCCAGGUCACCUCCCUGGGGUCGCGACCUGAACCAGAGGGUUCAGGGAUGUACGGCCAGGACGGGCUGAUCGGAGCCGAGGAGAGGAUCAUCAACAGCAAGCCCAAGAUCAACAACAACAUGCAGGUGGUUGAUGAGACUCUGGAUGUAAAGGAAGUGAUAUACAGUGCUGAGAGAGUCAGCGUUAUGCAUGGUGAUGAGCUGGAAUCCUACCGUCCUCUGGGUGAGGACUUCAGCUUCGGGAGCUCUGCUCUGAUUGGUCUGCUGGUGAUAGCGGUGGCCAUAGCAAUGGUGAUAGUGAUCAGCCUGGUUAUUCUGAGGAAGAGGCAGUACGGAACCAUCAGCCACGGCAUUGUGGAGGUUGACCCCAUGCUGACCCCAGAGGAGCGCCACCUCAGCAAGAUGCAGAACCACGGCUACGAGAACCCCACCUACAAAUACCUGGAACAGAUGCAGAUCUAGGAUUCGCUGUGGCACCGAGCAGAGAGGAGGGGCCAACAUACUACUGACCAAUAACAAAAAAAUACUCUCCUCAGAAAUCAUUUGCGUAAUUACAUCAGAUCACAAUACAUAUACGGAUUUGUUUUCAAACCGAUCCUUGAAGAAUAAACUACUGCUACUAUUGUACUUUCCAGCUCCCUUUGAAUCUUGGGGUUUCUUUGAAAAGGGUGAUGUACGUAAUCUCUACGUUUUAUAUAAUAUGUGAUUUAAUAAUUAAUUAUUACGAUUACUCUCUGAAGAUUUAAGAUGUGUUGUUUUUUUUGUUUUUUUUGUUGUUGUUGUUGUUUAAAAAAAUAACAUGCAACAAGGUAAGAAACCAAGCAACGCCAUUGUUGACUAUAAAUGUAUCUCAUCAUCAGACAACAAGGAGGACACUGACAUUUUGUUUUCCAUUGUACCAGUGUCCCAAAACCUUCUGACGGUCUUCUCAUAAUAACAGAGUUGUUGUUGGUUUCUUUUUCAAUAGAUUGCUUGUAUAUGAGGGUUAUUUGUACCUAUUACAUGAUGUAUAGUGAAACGACAAAUGAGGAAAAAGAAUGAAAACAAAAUCAUGAAUUCAGUUGCUUUCUAUUCUUUGUUAUGAUUACAAACAAAAUAUACAUAAACAGUUUAAAAUAUAUAUAUAUAUAAUAAGUAGCUGUUUUUAUUCCACCAGGGAAGAGAGGCUGAAAUUGGGAUGUGGCUGAGCUAGGUUGGGAUGUUGUGGUGCAGACAGACAGGAGAGUAGACAGACAGGAGAGUAGACAGACAGGAGCGCGUGCAGACAGACAGGAGAGUAGACAGACAGGAGCGCGUGUAGACAGACAGACAGGAGAGUAGACAGAAAGGAGCGCGUGCAGACAGACAGGAGCGCGUGCAGACAGACAGGAGCGCGUGCAGACAGACAGGAGCGCGUGCAGGCAGACAGGAGCGCGUGCAGGCAGACAGGAGCGCGUGCAGGCAGACAGGAGCGCGUGCAGGCAGACAGGAGCGCGUGCAGGCAGACAGGAGCGCGUGCAGGCAGACAGGAGCGCGUGCAGGCAGACAGGAGCGCGUGCAGGCAGACAGGAGCGCGUGCAGACAGACAGGAGCGCGUGCAGACAGGAGCGCGUGCAGACAGACAGGAGAGUGUGCAGACAGACAGGAGAGUGUGCAGACAGACAGGAGUGUGUGCAGACAGACAGGAGAGUAGACAGACAGGCACAGGAGAGUAGACAGACAGGGGAGUAGACAGACAGGGGAGUAGACAGACAGGAGAGUAGACAGACAGGCACAGGAGAGUAGACAGACAGGAGAGUAGACAGACAGGAGAGUAGACAGACAGGGGAGUAGACAGACAGGCACAGGAGAGUAGACAGACAGGGGAGUAGACAGACAGGGGAGUAGACAGACAGGAGAGUAGACAGACAGGCACAGGAGAGUAGACAGACAGGAGAGUAGACAGACAGGGGAGUAGACAGACAGGAGAGUAGACAGACAGGAGAGUAGACAGACAGGCACAGGAGAGUAGACAGACAGGAGAGUGUGCAGAAAGACAGACAGGAGAGUAGACAGACAGGAGAGUAGACAGACAGGAGAGUAGACAGACAGGAGAGUAGACAGACAGGAGAGUAGACAGAAAGGAGAGUAGACAGACAGACAGGAGAGUAGACAGACAGGAGAGUGUGCAGAAAGACAGACAGGAGAGUAGACAGACAGGGGAGUAGACAGACAGGAGAGUAGACAGACAGGAGAGUGUGCAGACAGACAGACAGGAGAGUAGACAGACAGGAGAGUGUGCAGACCCCCAGCUGAUCUCACAGCUCAGACCAGACUUACUCGUACCCUUAUUACACCCUGACCCAUCUAAAUGAACUGUCUCGUACCCUUAAAAAAGAGACAGACAGACAGAUGUGGAUGGAAGAGACAGACAGACAUGGAUGGAAGAGACAGACAGGCAGACGUGGAUGGAAGAGACAGACAGGCAGAUGUGGAUGGAAGAGACAGACAGACAGAUGUGGAUGGAAGAGACAGACAGACAGAUGUGGAUGGAAGAGACAGGCAGACGUGGAUGGAAGAGACAGACAGACAGAUGUGGAUGGAAGAGACAGACAGGCAGAUGUGGAUGGAAGAGACAGACAGACAGAUGUGGAUGGAAGAGACAGGCAGACGUGGAUGGAAGAGACAGACAGACAGAUGUGGAUGGAAGAGACAGACAGGCAGAUGUGGAUGGAAGAGACAGACAGGCAGAUGUGGAUGGAAGAGACAGACAGGCAGAUGUGGAUGGAAGAGACAGACAGGCAGAUGUGGAUGGAAGAGACAGACAGAUGUCAACGGAGAAUGGGUGCAGGUUACUUUUAACAGGGAGGAGGAAAGACAGAGAACAGUAGAAUCAGGAGUUAAUUCUCUCUCUCUCUUGUAACUGUCUCCGUAUAGUUGGUGGUGUGAUCAUGGCUCCACUUGGGAGGGUUUAUCUGUGGUGUGCAUUGUUUCUCAUAUGAACAUUUUUCUUGUUUUAUGUUUUUCUCCUCCUGUGACAGUUUGUCAGUUAUGCGUCUGUCUCACUAUGCACUCUUAACGGCUAUGUAACUACUUGCUUGACUGCAGCGAUCACAAUAGUAGUGAUCAAACGGAUUGAUUGAUUGAAUUGAUUGACACCAAUGGAAACAGACAUAUUCUGGUUACAGGGGGGAAGCACAUCAAUAAACCCACUACUUCCAUAAA